GAGCCAAUUAAUGCACUUAUUAAAAAAGCUGAACAAAUAUGAGGAAAGUUAAGCCAGGUUAUGGGCAAAGCUGAAUGUGUCCCGGCUCGGCCAUGCUUGCCUGUCUUAUUGCUAUGCAGACAAUUGAAAGCAAUUUGAGAACUCACUCUCUCUCUCUCUCUCUCUCUCUCUCUCUCUCUCUCUCUCUCUCUCUCUCUCUCCCUCACUACCACGGAAAAGGAAUCAACUAGACAAAAACUUGAUCGAUUUAAUACUCUGGUAAUGAUCCCAGCAAUUGAGGAAAGGGGGGUGGGGUGGGAAGCCAAUGAGUUUCUUUCUACUCAAAUUCCAUCUCAUUUUUUAUUUUCUCUUAAUUUUUUUUUUUUUUUUUUGAAUCCCAAGUUCCAAAACCUGUCCCCUAUUAUGCAGUGCAAACGAGAACAGAUGGGGAAAAGUUAUGUUGGAAAGGGCUUUGGAGGGCCACAGAGGAGAGAAAUAUGACUACUCAAUGUGUCACACACCAACUUGCAGCUGCCACCAGCCCUUCCCCACAAGAGCUGCGUAUGGAAGCAGCCCGCGGAGCUCAGAAGGAGCAGGCGCACUGCAGGAGGGGGGGGGGGCGUGCAAUUAGAGAACAUUGGCUGCGCUUGUGCUGCCUUGAAAAUAGGAAUCAAGAGUGGGGCAGCAGCUCAGCCAGCAAAAGAGAAAUCAAUCCCAAGGCUAGCCUGCAAAAUGCUGAGCUGCACCCCGAGCGAUCCCACAUGGGAACCGGGAAUCGGCACCACGCAGCCUGUCUCUCUCCAAGAAUGGCCCCUGCACAUCUCAACGCCACCUUUCAGGUCUCGCUGUGUCUAGGACUCGUGCGGAAAAGGUCAUACUGGCUCACAUGCCUGAUGUGGCCUUCCAAUGGAACCAUAGACCCAGAGAGGCACCCAGAACUGCGGCUGCUCUUCUCAAAGCUGACUUCUUGCCUUCCCCAGCCCUGUUUGCCCAGUUCUUCUGAUUGGGACUUCUCCAGGACUGCCUUGAUGGCCCCAGGCUGCAUAGAGGAUCUAAGCCAAGAAGUGGUGAGGAUAAAGCCCAGAGGCUUAUGGGGGGAACCACACUUUCUUAGAGCAGAGCGAUGCAGCCUCCCUUCUCCCUCCCUCCCUCAUCAGACAGCAAACCAGGUCCGGCAGCACUCUGAAGUUGGCUCACGUGGGUCAGUCGCGGAGAAUAUUCUUUGAAGCCUUUACCUCUGAGGCUAAGCCAUGAAAUACCUUUUGUUGUGAAAAGUACCCACCCGAGAAGACUGCUUGGACCUGGUUCAAACCAAUAGAAAGUCUCCAUUAGCUUGCCAGUGACUAGAUGGGCUGUUCAGGAACCCAGUACAGUUCUGGGCCUUUCUCGGCCACAUCCUGGGUUGACACACCUCAGUUGAUAGGAACUACAGAGCUACAGAAGCCGAAAAGCAAGUAGCCUGGUUUCUCGUGGAGAUAAGACAGACCUCCCGGCGCCUUAGUUCUUCCAUGCUGCUUUUGGCCCUCCAGUGAUGACUGUUCAGAGUGAAGGCACCCCAAAGUCUGGGGAACACGGGGAUUCUGAUGCCGAGGGACACGAAUGUCACAGACCCUUAGGACAGAUCUACUCAGUCAGCCAAAUGGCAUGGGGCUGCAUGAGCCAAGGAGAGUCACCAGCCCCUGUCCAAGUCACAAGUGGACGGAUCAAGUGAUACCAGCUGCCAGUACAGCUGUGUCUAUGGGGCCAGCUGUGACCUGGAUUUCAAGGACAGGUGGUUGUGGAGAGUGGAGGAGACAAGGCUACUGUUUCAGUUUUGAGACUGUUCCCUCUCAAAACACAAGGGCGCACCAGUUCCAUUUGCCCCGAAGUCUCAGAUGCUAUGUUGUAACAGAGAAAGAGAAAAAAGUCUAAAACACUAAUAAUCAUAUCUGAAAGGAUGUCAAAAUUAUUGCUUCAAACUAAGAAAGGGCCUGCAUUUUGUUUCUUGUUGUUUCUUUUGUUACUCAAUGGACAGGACGAAGAUCAAAGUAUCUGUUGUCAAAUGAAGAGUCUAUGUUUCUCUGAGUGCUGGGAUUGCAUUUUAACUACUUCAUCAUCCCACCGUGGCAGUGUGUACUUGCUCAGAGUUUCCACUCUCUGCUAACCACACUUGGACAGGAUCCAGCUGGACUUCCCAGCCAACUUUCCGACUAACUGUUCUUUCAAACUCCACCUACAACUUCAUUUCACACUGCUAAACAUCGGCCUUGCUCUGGGUUAGUGUGCUCCAGAUCUCCCCAGUCUGAGACACCCAAGAGUCCCACUGCCCCAUCAGAGACACCCCAGAGUCCCACUGCCCCAUCAGAGACACCCCAGGGUCCCACUGCCCCAUCAGAGACACCCCAGAGUCCCACUGCCCCAUCAGAGACACCCCAGGGUCCCACUGCCCCAAUCACCCCUGCUUUGUUUUCAUUCCCCUAUCUGGUUUGGCCUGGAAUCUGACUUUACGGUGGAGUCGAGUUCUAGACAAGGGAGUUUUUAGGAAAGAGUCAGAGGUGUAUGCAUUGAUAGAACAGCCAAUUCUUUAUGAGUUUAGUGUUUGAAGUUGCAGCCAAAUGGGAGCUAAGAACUAUCUGGAAGUAUUCUAUUUUGACACAGUCCUUGGCUAGAACCAUUCCGAUAGACUCCAAAAUUGUGAUUUUCUCCCACCUGAAAUGAGCAGUAUGAGGAAUC